UUGAUUCUUAUUGGUUAAUCUUUGAAACUGUUUCAAAAAAAUAUUGACUAUCAAUAUGUCUAUCUAUCUAUCAAUAAGUCUAUCUAUCUAUCUAGUUGGUUUAAUUAAUUGGUAUCUAGUUGGAUACAUUUCAAGCAUUGAUACAUAAUUAACUGUUAAGAGAAAAAAAACAAAUAAAUAAAACAAGACUAAUUUACAGACACAUUUGACUCAAUGAAAAAUUGCACCAUAAAAGAUGAUAUCAUCAAUAAUGUACACAUACCACAUUAAAUUAUUUCACUAUUAUUAAAGAUCAUACAUUCAUGGAAUUUGUUGGUUAAUUCAUAAGUAAAACAUUUUACGAUCAGUGAAGAAUGGAAAGAUUACAACAAUUAUUAAAACAACAGUCAUUAACACAAACCCCAUUCCAACAACAAAUGCCAAAUCAACUAUCUAACUCUCAAAACUAUCUGAAUUCUACAAAUUCACAUGAACAACCUGUUAAUCAUGAAGAUGAUGAAGAUGAUGAAUCAUUACAAGAAUUUUCGAAACCUAAUAACAACCAAAGCCAACAACAACAACAACAGCAAAAACAAACUCAAUUACCACAACAGACACCGCCUCCUAUGUACCAACAAUAUUUUUCACAACAAGAGCAACAAUCACAACAGCCAAUGCAAUCAGAGUUUUCACUUCGUCAUCAAUCACAAGCACAACAGUCUUUGCAAGGAUCAUCAUUACAACCAUCAGUAGAGCAGCAGUCAGCAUUAGUGUCUUUGCAAAACACUCAACAACAACAACAACUGAAUGAUCAACCAUUCAAUCGAAAAUUUCGUCAAUCUUGGCGUAAAACACCAGAUAAUUUACCGACUAGACAAUUAAAAAAAGCAACUAAAUUACUAGAGAAUGAUUUUAGUUUACAAGAUGAUGAUUAUGAAGAUGAAGAGAUGACAGAAGAUGAUAUUUUUAAAUUACAUGAAGAAUUAGAAAAUACACGAGUACAAAAUAAUGAAAUGAAAACAGCAUUAAUUGAAGCUCGUACUAUCAUUGAUCAACAACAAAAUCAAUUAACAGAAUUUCGACGUUAUGCUGCACAAUAUCAAACUGAUGCUGAAGCAUUUAAAAUGAAAAGUAUGUUUUUAUUAAAUAAUACACAAACACAUGAUGAACAAGUCAAUAUAUUAAUGAAUGCAUGUGAACGUUUAGAAGCAGAAGUGGAUGCACUUACAUGGCAAUUAGAUCGUACUAAACAAUCAUUAGAUUUAAAAACACAAGAAUGUAAUUUUCUUAAUGAACAAUUAGAUGAAAUACAAUUAAAUGGUAGUUAUCAUAGUCCUAAUAUAACUACAGAUAACAACAAUCAUAAUAAUCAUAAUGGUACUCAUAAUCAUACAAGUAGUAUAAGUAAAUUAGAUAAAUUAAAAACGGGUACUGAUCAAUUUAAUUCUAUAUUAAGUACAGAAUAUAAAUCAUUAACAAAUAAUAGUCAAUUAUUAUUAAAAAGGGAUACAAUGAUGUCAGAAUUAGAUAUAGAUAUAAAAAAACUUCAUGAAGAAAUUACCAAUUAUGAAAAAAAAGAAAAACAAUGGGAAGAAAUCCAUGAAGAAUUAUUAAAAAAACAAAAAUUAUUAGAAGAAGAAAAGAAACAACAAGAUUUAAUUAUUGCUAGAUUAACAAAUGAACAAGUCAUUGAAAAUAAUCAGAAUAAUUUGCAAAAUAACAAUAAUCAACAUGAUGAAAUUCCAGUUGAAAUUAUAACUAAAUUAAAUAAUUUACAUGAAGAAAAAACAACAUGGAGAUUAUAUGCAACUAGUUUAGUACGUAGUUUUGUAGAAAAUUGUGAUGAAUUUAUACGUAAAACACCAUAUAAUGAACCAUAUUUUGAAAGUGAUAAAGAACGUCGUUGGUAUACAUAUUCAAUGCAUUUAUUAGAAAAUUUAUUAAAUAUUGCACCAUAUCAAUUAACUAAAACUGAUUUAGAUUUAAUAAAACGUAAUAAAAAUUCAAUAUUACAACAAACAAUUGAAUCCAAUAAUUCACCAGAAUUAUUAACUGCAUUAGAUUUUCCAUCACAAGUUCAAUUGAAUAAUUCAUAUAUAGAAGGAGGAGGAGGAAGAGGCGGAGGAGCAGGAGGAGGACAACAACAACAACAAUUACAAAAUACAUUUACACAGGGAUAUGAUACAUAUAAUCGUGAAUCAAGACAAUCAUAUCAACAACGUGCAGCUCGUGUAGCAUUGAAACCAUUGACAAAUUUAUAUCGUAAGAAGAAGUAAAUGAAUAAUUUAAAAAAAAGGGGAAACAAAUCACCUAUCGCUUUUUUUUCUACCAUUCAGAAACAACAUUAAAUUAGCAGAAAAUUGUAUAUAAAUUUUGUUGAAUUAAGAAACAGAAAAGAUAGAAAUAUGAAGGUGAGACUAUAAUUCAUGAACAAACUAAUCAGAUUUAGGAUAAUAAGUCUUGAAUUUUUGGCGCAAAAUUCAUUCAUCUAUUUGGCCAAAUAGAAUUUUUAGAAUUUUAGCUUAUGUCUAUUCGUGAUGAAAACUCUAAAUCUGAUUCCUAAACCUAAACAUCACCAAUUAAUCACAAUUCUAAUUCCUCAUAUUGAUUUGUAACCGUCAUUUAGUCCUAGUUAGUGGAUGGACACACUAAAGUUCACUUCAAGGUUGCCUAAAGAUCGUUCAUAAAUUAUAGUCUCACUUACCCUAUAGACAAUACAAGAUGAACGUGUACAUAACUAAAGUUCAAUGUUUAACAAUGUGAUGUAAGAAAACUUUAUAAUAUUUGUUUGAUAUUAUGUUUUUUUUUUAAAAAAACUAUGGAACAAGUAUCUUUUAUAUUCUUUUUUAAAAAAAGAACUCACCCAGUUACCUUGUAUACUUAUUUGAUAUCUUUACCUUAAUCAAAUGUUUUUUUUAUAUUAAAUAAUAAAGGAGUGAACAAAUGCUUUUCAUGUUCUUUGGUAUUUCAAGAUGUUUUGAUUUGUUUAUACGAAUAUUUGUCAAGAUUAGAAUGAAUAGCUUGACAACAAUAUGGCGCCGAUUUUAGAGAAGUCACUGUAUGUAAGAAUUAUAUUUGAAAUAAUCUCAACGAUUGAAAUUUAAAUAAAUCAUUCCAAUGUUUCGUCCAGCUAACUUGUCUGG